AAAUAGAAUUGCCUUUAAAAUACAAGAUAAAAUUAGAAAAAAUACCUAUUUUGGAAAAAGCGGCAAGUGAUUUGCUAAUUGAAAGAAAUAAAUUAAUCGCCGAGCGAGAUGCUCGACCUAAUAUUACUAGUAAAGAUUAUGGUAAAGCAAUUAAAGAUAAAGAACGGGAAAAAGAAGCCCAAGAACUAGAAAACGCUGAGGGGGAAGAUGUAAUUGGUGAGGAAUGUACUAAUAUUAUUGGUAAAACACGGGAUAAUUUUUUGAAUGAACUUUCUAUUAAAUACCUCUUUAAUAAAGUACUUGCGUUGAAUGGUAAAAAAAUAUCUCUUAAAGAAGUAGAAAACUUUCAGACUACUAGUGAAGAAAAUAUCAAUAUUUGUUUCUCAACUAUUCAAGGUCUUCACAGCCAUUUAAAUACUCCACGGGAGAAUAGUUUGACUUAUGAAGACUUUCAAGAACAAAAAAUUGUUCUUAUUUCUGACGAAGCUCACCACAUUAAUGUGGAAACUAAGGCUAAAGUUCAAACUAAUACAGGUGGCGAAAUAACUAUCAGUGGUCAAAUUUCUCAAGAAGAAAAAGAGGAGAUUGCUAAUCCUCAAAAUGUACUUUUAGAGUUCACCGCAACUGUUGACUUUAACAAUCCUAAUAUUCUAAAAAAAUACGCCGGAAGACUUAUUUAUGACUAUCCUUUAAAAAAAUUCCGGGAAGAUGGGUAUUCUAAAGAAGUAAAAGUAAUGCAAACUGAUGCGGGACUUUUUGACCGAGCAUUACAAGCCGUUUUGCUUAGUCAGUAUCGGCGCAAAAUAUUUGAAAAAAACAAGUUAGUCAUCAAGCCAGUUAUCCUUUUCAAGUCAAAGACAAUUAAUGAAAGCAAGGUUUUUGAAGAAGAGUUUAUAAAAGGUAUAAGGAACCUAACUGCCAAGAAACUUUCCGAAAUUAGUGCAAGUGCUCAAGAUGAUACAUUAAAAAAAGUCUUUGAAUAUUUAGAAAACAAUAAGAUUUCGCUGGAGAAUUUUGUUAUCGAAUUGCAAGAGGAUUUUUCCUCCAAAAAAACUAUUUCGGUCAACAGCAAAGAGGAAAGUGUAGAAAAGCAAAUCUUGGUAAAUACUUUGGAAGGUUUUCAUAAUGAGUGUCGUGUUAUCUUUGCGGUUGAUAAACUUAAUGAAGAAGCUCAGUUGAUCGGAAGAGGAGCUAGAUAUUGUCCCUUUAAAACUGAUGAUUUUGAUAAUGCCUACCAACGAAAAUAUGAUCGCGAUAUCCAAAACGAGAUGCGAAUUUGUGAAGAACUGUAUUACCAUAGCACCUAUAAUCCUCGGUAUAUCCAAGAACUGACCUCUGUUCUAGUAAAAACUGGCAUUAUUCCUGAAAGAGCAGUGGAAAAAAAACUUUUUGUUAAGAAAGAUUUCAAAAAUACUAAAUUCUAUAAGACUGGUUUUUUAUUUCUUAAUGAGAAAGAAAAAUAUUCCCGAAAGGACGUGUUCGAACUACCAUCUUCGAAAUAUUUUCCUAAUCUUGAUACUCUUGAUGAAUUUAUUUCUCAGAAAGAGUACCUUGGAGAUAUCAAAAUAGUUGUUUCUGGACUUGCAAAUCAAUUAGAACAGCCACUAACUCCCGAUGAGGAAUUAACUAUUAUUAGUGAUAAAGUCCUCAAUUUUGCUACUGAUAAUGAAAAUAAAGAAAGAGAACUAGGUAAGUCAAUGAAAGACGUUAGUGAGACGAACAUUUAUCUUGAUAUCAGCAGCAAACCUUGGUAUGUAUUUGAUGAUUGCUUUGGAACUUCGGAGGAAAAACAUUUUGUGAAAUAUAUUGAUAAAAUUUACGACAAAUUACAAGAAAAAUAUGACGAAAUUUAUUUAGUUCGAAAUGAACGCUUUUUUAAACUUUAUACUUUUGAAGAUGGAAGUUCGCUUGAACCGGACUACAUUCUUUUUUUACAACAAAAAAAUUCUCCGAGAAGUUUUCAUUAUCAAAUAUUUGUCGAACCCAAGGUUAUUCUGACUAACCAAGCCCCUUAUCAACAAGUGCUUUCCCACGGAUUUGUGGUUGAUGAAAAAGGACAAAAAAUGUCUAAAUCCUUAGGCAACGUGAUUGAUCCGGAAGAAAUUAUUAACAAGUUUGGAGCAGAUGUACUUCGUUUAUGGGUAGUUAGUUCUGAUUUCACUAAAGAAAUAAAAGUCAGUACUUCCAUUUUAGAAAAAGUUCAAGAAAACUAUCAAAAAAUCCGUAACACCCUACGUUUUUUACUAGGAAAUUUAACUAAUCUACCACCAGAACUAAAAAGCGAGAAAGAUUUAGAAAAAAAUCUAAGUUUAGUAGAUUAUUAUACACUUCAUCAAUUAGAAAAAUUAGUCAAAGAAAGUGAGCAAAAUUACACAAAAUAUAACUUUACUCCUAUUUAUUCUUCUUUGCUAAACUUUUGCAUUAAUGAUUUAAGUUCCUUUUAUUUGGAUAUUAGUAAGGAUAAUUUGUAUUGUGAUCCAAUUUCUUCACCACGACGAAAGCAAAUCAUUACUACUUUUUAUUACUUAUUAGGAGGAUUAUUGAAAGUCAUCUCACCAAUUUUGCCUUACCUCGCGGAAGAAAUUUAUCAAAAUAUUCCUUUUCAAUUUGGUUUUGCUGGUCAAGAAAGUGUUUACUUAGCAAAUUUUUCAUUUACCAUAGAUUUUCCAAAUAACUUUGAAAAAAAAUUAGAAAUAAUUAACAACCUUUUUUUUCCUCUACGCCAAGAUAUUUUUCAGGCUUUAGAAAAGGCUCGUCAGGAAAAAACUAUUACUGCCAAUAACCAAGCCAAAUUAACAAUUUAUCUAAAAAAAAAGGAGCAAUUAGAUUAUUCUGAGUUAAAUUUGGUUGAAUUAUUAGGUGUAGCCGAACUUAAAUUCCAAGAAAAGUCCAAAGAAAAAAUGCACGAAGGAAAGCUUUGUUUUGUUUAUGUUGAAAAAACUGAAAAAGAACGUUGUUUGCGUUGUCGAAGUUGA